AUGUCCUGUGUUGAAGCAAACGAUUCUGCACCAUUUAUAAGACGAGUGCAAGUUGGUCCUGAACCAGCAUGUCUAUUGGCCAGCAACAGGCAACUGAACGAUGUAGGGUGAUUUUGUACCGCGCACUUUCUACCCCCUCAGAUACUGUGCAUAAACACAACCUUUAACAUUGGGAACUUUUACGUUACUCCAACUACGUAUAAGCACAGCCUUUUGGUAGACAGGAAAUAUGGAAAGCCACCAACGUUGUUAGGGCCAACAAUGGUUCAUAUGCAGAAGAAGGCAGAAACAUACCAGUACUUCUUAUCGUUACUUGUGUCGCUGAAUACUGACCUCUCAAACGUCCUGGCGAUUGGCUCAGACAGAGACGUUGCUCUUAGGAAAGGGUUUUCCUCUUCAUUUCCCAUUGCUACCAUGGUGUACUGCAAAGGCCACGUAGAGCAAGACAUCCAAAGAAAGUGGGGGGAUCUUGGAGUUGACCAAGCUUGUGAAUGA